AUGGCAUUAACUCGAAUAGCUGCAGGCUUUACUCUCUUAUUCACUUCCUCCACCUUAUCUUCCUCCAACGAAAGAGUCAGUACAGAAGUCAAAGCUCGUGCAACUUUAACAGGGAAACUCGUCUCAGGAGAAGCUGAAUUUUUCCAGCCUCGUUAUACAUUGAACACUGAAAUUUCCAUCAAAGCCACUGGACUUAACCCAAAUAAGCCACACGGUCUACAAAUUCAUGAGGCUGGAAAAGACGGCCAAGUCGCAGAGAUUUACAACCCAUUUGCGAGAAAGCAUGGAGGUCCUUGGAGCACAGAAAGAAAAGUAGGAGAUCUAGGAAACAUCAAGGGAGAUGAAAAAGGGGAAGGAGCUUUAAAGGUUUCUGACCCAUAUGUAAAAUUGAGUGGGAAGUUCUCUGUUAUUGGAAAAAUUCUUGCAAUUCAUGAAAAUCCAGAUGACCUUGGAUAUGGGAGAAAUGAUCAAAGUCUUAUUGAUGGGCAGGCUGGGCCAGCAAUCUCAAGUGGAGCCAUCAGCCAAGUAAGCUAA